GUCGUCUUGCCUUUGGCGCAGCUUUAUACCCAGCAGCAGAAGCACGACUUGGCUGUUGAGGUUCUUGCGAAAUUGCCUCUCAGCAGUCGCACGCAACCAACAACAGUUGAGGCCAUCGUGAACCUCCACCAGAGGCAAAAGAGUCCUGACAAGGCCGUCGCCUGCCUCAGGGAGGCCAUCAAGUACUGGUCUUCACAGGAAGAGGAGUCAGAAACUUUGGCUCAGGUGGUUCGAAUAGCUGCAAGGCUGGCCAUGCAGCUGAAGGACAGAGCGUUCGCAGCCGAGGCGACGUGCUCCGAUGAUGGAGGUCUGGCACAAUCGCUGCGAAGUCCUGAACUGAGGGUGCACAAGCAGGCCAGCGACACUGCGAGAUCGCCGGCGAGGCAGGAGAAAGCGCUGCAGAUGGGUUUCCCAGACACAGAAAGCCCUUCCAGAGUGGGCCUGUGA